GAGUGUUUAUAUAUAUAUAUAUAUAGCUUUGAUGAUUGAAGAAUUCAGCGCUAUACCUCGUGAUACUCUUACUGGAAUUCAAUUGAACUGUAUUGUCCGGGUAGACUUAUUUGAUUAUAGAAUCAGUUUUUCACCAAGACCGAGCGGUUUGUUAUCUUUCAAAGUCUGAAUCAUUCUUAAAUAAACAUACAAUACCGUUUUCCACCCCUUUCGGGACAAAUGGGUGAACAGGUAUCGGUAUUCGCCAAAUGAAACAAUCUCCUGGACUGCUACUGGUAGCCUUCUUGGAUUGUGCAAGAAGUUUUAUGUUGGCUUCUUCGCCUGUUUACAGAACACAACAAUUCCUGAUAAGAUCUCUGGGAGGUGCUAGUGGUCAUUCAACUGAUUUUAGAAAAAUGCAACUCCCAAGUUAUAUUGAAGCUGAUGCUGAGAGCAUUGUAAGAGCAAUUACUCCUGCUCUUGAUCCCACAAGAUAUAAAGGCCAAGCAGGAAAGAUAGCUGUGAUUGGAGGGUGUCGUGAAUACACAGGAGCUCCUUAUUUUGCUGCAAUUUCAGCCUUAAAGAUUGGUGCAGAUCUGUCCCAUGUUUUUUGUACAAAAGAUGCUGCUCCUGUCAUAAAAAGCUAUAGUCCUGAGUUGAUUGUGCACCCUAUUUUAGAAGAAUCUUACAGUGUCAGAAACGAGGACAAGGAAUCUGUAUCAAACAAGGUUCUAGCUGAGGUUGGCAAGUGGAUGGAAAGAUUUGACUGUCUUGUUGUUGGUCCAGGCCUUGGAAGAGACCCAUUUCUUCUGGCCUGUGUGAGUGAAAUCAUGAGACAUGCAAGACAGUCAAACAUCCCAAUCGUUGUAGAUGGGGACGGACUUUUCCUUGUUACAAAUAGCAUUGAUCUUGUUAGUGGCUAUGCCUUAGCUGUUCUAACCCCAAAUGUCAAUGAGUACAAGCGUCUUGUUCAGAAGAUUCUAAGUUCUGAAGUAAAUGAUCUAAAUGGUACUCAGCAAUUGCUGUCUCUCUCCAAACAGAUUGGUGGUGUUACUAUCCUAAGGAAAGGAAAAUCUGAUCUUAUAAGUGAUGGUGACACAGUUAAAUCAGUGAGCAUCUAUGGUUCUCCUAGACGCUGCGGUGGCCAGGGUGAUAUCCUUUCUGGGAGUGUUGCUGUCUUUUUAUCAUGGGCUCGCCAGCAUGUUCAAACAACUGAUGAAAUCUCAAAUCUCAGCUGUAAAAAUCCAACAGUUUUGGGAUGCAUUGCUGGCUCUGCUUUGAUGAGGAAGGCCGCUUCCCUUGCUUUCUUGAAUAAUAAGAGAUCAACUGUUACCGGUGACAUCAUUGACUGCUUGGGGAAAAGGUACUGUCUUUCACAAAGAAAUUCUCACCUAGCUGGGUCUACCCAAAAAAAAAAAAAAUGGAAAACCAAGUUAAUCAUUAAUCACUAAUGAAUAUGUAAACAUAUUAAUAUAUUUUUCAUAUUUUACAUGAGACCCAUUUUUUACACGCUAACAUGUUCAUUUACAAUCAGUUUGAUCUUACAUCUACCUAAAAAUUUCUCAUUAUACAAGGAGCCUGCUAUGAUUUUUUUCUUUCCUGCAGUUUGGAAGAUAUUUGCCCUGCCACUUGAUGCUGUUUUCUGCCCUGCACUUCCAUAAACAACCACUGUGAAGUCAGCUUGUAGAACAAUAUAUUGUUUUUUUCUUCCUUUCCAUGUUCUUCUAAUACAAGUUUCUCUGUUUUUCACUUGCUCUUUCUGUUCAUAUAAAUUGUCUUUUAACGUUAUAUUAUGAUGAAGAGAUAUUUAUGACACACUGUA